AUGAAGCUCAUUAGUAUGUUCUUGAUUGUCACGAUUAUUUUCGCCGAUGUCGCGAUUUGCGCCUUACAAAGUGAACUAGAAAGUUAUAGUACUAAUCGUGACAAGUUAGAAUCUUCUUCUGAUCAAAUGCAUGAAGUGGAACACUUUUCGGCCUUCUCGCCGAGGAAGCACACCAGGCGGCUGACGUGCAAUAGGUUUCCGAGGAUUUGUCGCGCCAAGGGCAGCCCGGGACCGAGCUGCUGCAAGAAGAAGUGUGUGAAUUUGCUGAGAGAUCGUCAUAACUGUGGCAAGUGUGGGAAGAAAUGCAAGUACAGCCAGAUUUGUUGCAACGGCAAGUGUGUCAAUCCGUCCUUUAACAAGAAACAUUGUGGUGGGUGUAACAAUAGGUGUAGUAAUGGAGGCCUUUGUGCUUUUGGACUUUGUAGCUACUCAUAG